GUGCAAAAAUACCGGUACAGGAGUACAUAAUCAAACCGACGAUUUAACCAUUUCUUAAUUCGAUUCAAUAACCAACAUAAACCGAAAUUAAACACACGCGUCCACAUUAAGCUCCUUCCUUGAGGAAUACUUUUCUUCUUCCUCCACCGAUCAUCCGCCAUUGUUACCCAAUUAUGCUCUGAAUUCCUUCCACGAAUUUUGAAAUGACGGAGCGAGGAGCUAUGGUGGUAUCGUCUUCUACCUCUUACCUUCCUUUUCGAUGUCCUCAAACAAGAAACGAUUUUUCUUUCUUCGCGCCGAGUAAGAAGCUAAACCCUAACCGUCAAUUGAUAAAGUCUCCGUCUUCUAUAUCUUCUCCGCCAAUGACGCCGGCGAAAUGCAAUAUGUUUGAUUACGCGGAAACUGGUGAGAAUUUGGUCGGCGAUAAGCAAUUUGUGCGGUGGUUUCGUGAAGCUUGGCCUUAUCUGUGGGCUCAUCGUAGCUGUACCUUCGUCGUUACUAUCUCCGGCGAUGUCUUAGAUGGCCCUUAUUGUGAUCUCGUUUUAAAGGACAUAGCAUUUCUUCAUCAUCUGGGAAUUAAGUUUGUUCUAGUUCCUGGAACUCAAGUGCAAAUCGACCAGCUUCUAGCUGAGAGAGGACGCGAGCCUACAUAUGUGGGUCGUUACAGAGUCACAGACUCAGCAUCUCUGCAGGCUGCCAAGGAAGCUGCGGGAGCAAUAUCUGUAAUGAUUGAGGCCAAACUAUCUCCCGGACCUUCCAUUUAUAAUAUACGCCGACAUGGUGAUAGUAGUCGUUUGCAUGAAACAGGUGUUAGGGUCGACACUGGUAACUUCUUUGCAGCAAAGAGAAGAGGUGUUGUUGAUGGUGUUGAUUUUGGAGCAACUGGUUUAGUGAAGAAGAUAGAUGUAGAUCGGAUCCGUGAGAGGCUUGAUAGUGGUUCUGUAGUUUUAUUGAGGAACUUGGGCCAUUCCAGCUCCGGCGAAGUCUUAAAUUGCAAUACCUAUGAGGUUGCUACAGCAUGUGCUUUAGCUAUAGGAGCAGAUAAGCUUAUUUGCAUAAUGGAUGGUCCAAUUCUUGAUGAGAAUGGACAUCUUGUUCGGUUCUUGACUCUUCAGGAAGCAGAUACGUUAGUCAGAAAACGGGCACAGCAAAGCGAGAUAGCUGCCAAUUACGUGAAGGCUGUUGGGGAUGGAGGCAUAAGUAGUUUUCCUGAACCUCUUGGUUACAAUGGGAUGGUGACGACUCCCAACAAUCAUAUUGGGAGACCGAUUUGGGAAAAACACACUCUGACCUUUCAGAAUGGUGUUGGAUUUGACAACGGAAAUGGGUUGUGGUCUGGGGAGCAAGGUUUUGCUAUUGGCGGUGAGGAGAGAAUUAGCCGUUUGAAUGGAUAUCUCUCUGAACUGGCUGCAGCAGCGUUCGUUUGCAGAGGUGGUGUCAAUAGAGUUCACUUAUUGGAUGGUACUAUAAGUGGAGUGCUAUUGUUGGAGCUUUUCAAAAGAGAUGGAAUGGGGACUAUGGUGGCAAGUGAUGUAUAUGAAGGAACCCGGGAGGCGAAAGUGGAAGAUCUUGCUGGAAUAAGACAAAUAAUCACACCCUUAGAAGAAUCUGGGGCUUUAGUUCGUAGAACUGAUGAGGAGCUACUGCGAGCUUUGGAUUCGUUUGUGGUUGUGGAACGAGAAGGACAGAUUAUCGCUUGUGCGGCUUUGUUCCCUUUCUUUGAAGACAAAUGUGGAGAAGUUGCAGCUAUCGCAGUUGCAUCAGAUUGCCGUGGACAAGGCCAGGGAGAUAAAUUGCUCGAUUACAUUGAGAAGAAAGCGUCAGCUUUUGGACUCGAGAUGCUUUUUCUUCUGACAACGAGAACCGCAGACUGGUUUGUGAGACGUGGGUUUCAGGAAUGUCCAAUCGAGAUGAUACCAGAGGCAAGACGGGAAAGAAUCAAUCUUUCGAGGAGAUCAAAGUAUUACAUGAAGAAGUUGUUGCCAGACAGGAGUGGGAUAUCUGUUGUUCGAACAUUUCAGUAUGGUUCUUGAGCGUGUCGAUAAGAAGAAGAUCCAAACACAGAGCAAACUAAAAUGUAAUUGACGCAGAAAGAUUUAUCCGAAUCUCUAAGAUUCUACUGAGUUUUGAAUCAAUACGUCUACGGUUUGAUCAUUGAAAACAAAAUAACAAAAAUAUACAACAUGAA